AUGAUUGACAAUAACAAUGUUCUUGCCAAAUCUUUUCGAAGAGUUAGAGAUUUGUUACUGCAAAGUACUAAAUCAGAUUUCACACUAAGACUAUUUAGAGGCAGAAACAAAGACCCUAGAGUCUAUAACACACCUUCAUGUGAUGAAAUAAUUGCACUAAUAGUUGGUGAUUUUGACAAUUUGGAUGUAGGCAGAGAUAUAAUUGUCAAAAAAUGUUCUGGUGAAUUGAUAAGAUUGCAUGAAACUCACACUGCUUUCAUUCCACUGCAAUAUCCUCUCAUGUUUCCAUAUGGAGAAGAUGGUUAUCAAGAAGAUAUUCCAAUAAGAGAAUCUCAUUCAAAAAGUAAAUCAAGAGUGAGAAUUCGAAUUUCUUUGAGAGAAUUUAUUGCAUUCAAAAUACAACAAAGAUGUAUAGAAUAUGGUAAUAUUGUCAAUGCAUGCCGAUUGUUCCAACAAUUUUUAGUUGAUUGUUAUACAAUGGUUGAAGCACAAAGGUUGUCUUUCAUUAGAGCUAAUCAGAAAUUAAUUCGUUGUGAUAUUCUUAAUGGAUUAAAAGAGGUUGUUAAUAGAGGAAAAACAAAUCCUUCUUCAAUUGGAAGACGUAUUGUCUUGCCUGCUUCAUUCACUAGUGGUACCAGAUAUAUGUUCAACAAUUGUAAAGAUGAUAUGACCAUUUGUAAAAAAAUUGGAUAUCCUGAUUUGUUCAUUACUAUAACAUGCAAUGUCAAUUGGAGUGAAAUCAAAGAGUUUAUUUUGGCCAAAGGAUUAUCUACAUCAGACAGACCUGAUAUUGUAUGUAGAGUGUUGAAAAUGAAGCUUGAUCAAAUGAUGACAGAUUUUAAGAAGAAGGAUUUCUUUGGAAAAACCACUAAUGGAAUUAAGCUUGACAAUAAAAGUGUUGUUCCUUACAAUCCACCUCUUCUAAUGAGGUAUCAAGCUCAUGUAAAUACAGAGUAUUGCAACAAGACCAAUUCAAUCAAGUAUUUGUUUAAAUAUGUGAACAAAGGUCCUGACAAAGCUACUCUUAAAAUAAGCAAUAACUCUGCAAAAUCAGACAAAUCAAUCAUUAUUGAUGAGAUUAAGAGGUAUUAUGAUUAUAGCUAUCUAUCACCAUGUGAAGCAGCUUGGCGAAUAUUUGCUUUUGACAUUCAUCACAGAUGGCCUCUUGUUCAAAGAUUGACAUUCCAUAUUCCUGGCCAACAAUCUGCUUUGUUUAAAGAUGAUGAUGAUAUUAAUGUGGUGUUCAAUAGAUACGAAAAUGGUAACACAAUGUUUCUAGCUUGGUUUGAGGUUAACAAAAUUUAUAUAGAAGGAAAACAAUUGACUUAUUAUGAAUUUCCCAGCAAAUUUGUGUGGUUUGCUAAAGAAAAAGAAUGGAAACUAAGGAAGAAAGGCUACAACAUUGGUAGACUUACUUAUAUUCCUUUUGGGUCUGGAGACCUUUAUUAUUUGAGGAUCUUACUGACCAUUCAAAAAUGUUGUAUUGAUUAUGACAGCAUAAAGACCAUUGAUGGUAAAUUUUAUGAAACCUACGAAGAAGCUUGCUAUGCUUUGGGAUUGUUGGCUGACGACAAAGAAUACAUUGAUGCAAUCAAAGAAGCAAGCGAAUUUGCUCCUGGCUAUCAAAUUAGAAGAUUAUUUGUCACUUUGUUGUCCAUGAAUACAAUUUCUAAACCUGAUGUAGUUUGGAAUUCUACUUGGAGUCUCUUAUGUGAUGGAAUUUUGUACCCAAAAAGAAAGGAGAUGAACUUACCAGGUCUUCAAAUUGAAGAUGCUGAAUUACAGAAAAUGUGUCUGCUUCAAAUACAAGAAAUGCUAAUGUCAAAUGGUAGAUGUCUAAAAGAUUAUCCUUCAUUACCGCAACUUGAUAUUUCAUAUCUAAAUACAUUCCAAAAUAGAUUUAUUGUUGAUGAGCUGCAGUAUAAUAAAGAAGACAUGGCCAAAGAACAUGACAUUUACUUUCAAGCACUCAAUGAUGAACAAGUACAAGUGUAUGAGGAUAUCAUGACAACAAUUCUUUCAAAAAAGGGAGGAUUCUUCUUUUUAUAUGGCUAUGGUGGUAUAGGUAAAACAUUUAUGUGGAAGACAUUGUCAGCUGCUCUAAGAAGCAAGGGUAUGAUUGUUUUGAAUGUAGCAUCAAGUGGAAUUGCUUCUUUACUACUUCUUGGUGGAAAAACAACACACUCAACCUUCUGCAUCCCACUAUUAAUUAAUGAUGAUUCAACUUGCAACAUACCUCAAGGUAGUCUACGUGCUAAACUUUUGAUGGCAACCAAUCUUAUUAUCUGGGAUGAAGCACCAAUGAUGAAUAGAAUAUGCUUUGAGUCAUUUGAUAGAACACUAAGAGAUAUUAUGAAAAAUGUUGAUGAUGCCAAUAAUGAAAAACCCUUUGGUGGUAAAGCAGUGGUUUUGGGAGGUGACUUCAGGCAAAUUUUACCUGUUAUCAAGAAAGGAUCUAGGUUUGAUAUCAUCAAAGCAACAAUCAAUUAUUCUAAGUUAUGGAAGUGUUGUAAAGUGCUAAAACUAUCAAAGAACAUGAGAUUAAGUACUGCAACAGAUACUAAAACAGCAAAUGAUAUCAAAGAAUUUGCUGAUCGGAUAUUGAAGAUUGGAGACGGAGACAUGGAUUUAAAUGAGAAUGGUGAGUGCAUGGUUGAGAUUCCAAAACAGUUGCUCAUUGAAAAUAUAGAAUUACCUUUAAUGUCAUUGGUUGAAUUUGUCUAUCCUAAAUUUGUGGUUAACAUGAUGAAGCCUGGUUAUUUUGAUGAUGGAACAAUCUUGUGCCUAACAAAUGAUUUUGUAGAAGAAGUAAAUGAAUUUAUGUUGUCUUUAUUAGGUGGUGAAGAUGUCACUUAUUUAAGUUCUGAUACACCUUGCCAAUCUGAUGGACAAAGAUAA